AUGAUCAGUAAAAUUUACUUUUUGGUUUUGUUUGCAAUUUUGCAUGGAACGACAAUAACGUCCGGCUCGAUCUUUUAUGAUCAGCUGAUAAGAUCUCGUCGAUUGAACCAGGCUUGUAGUAAUGAUAUGGAUUGCUUGAAAAUAAACUUCGCUGUUUGCGGUAUAGAUGGAUCUUGCCACUGUAUAGAUGAUUUUUUUGCGUUCAAUGGUUAUCAAUGCUUGGCGAGGGUCAACGGAAUUUGUUCUGAAAAUAAAGACUGUUUCAUUGAGAACUCGAUUUGCGUUGAUAAAGGGUGCAAGUGUAAGCCGCAAUAUGCUCUUCAAUCUUAUCACUGUUUACCAUCAACAUUAGGAAAUUUUUGUAACAGCCACUGGGAUUGCCAGUUCACAUAUUACACAGAAUGUUCCAAUUAUAGAUGCGUUUGUAAAGAGAACUACAUACUCGUGGAUUCGACAUGUCUUCCUCUUUUAGGAAGCUAUUGUCUCGAAAAUGGACCUUGUGCAACGGCUCAUUCUGUCUGUAAAGAGAAUAAAUGUUAA